CUCUGAGCUCUUUCCAAUAAAGCUCGAAAGCAACGACCUUGCUUUGACGUCAGACUAAUAUCCGGGGCUUUGCGCAGUGUCCGUUGUGCGCAGACGCAGUACAACCGGUGGUUCGACCUCUGCCUUCGAAGUCCCGGGCCGCUCAAAAUCACUUACCUUUCAAAAUGUUCACCUGCGCAAAGUUUGUCUCCACACCCGCCCUGGUGCGUGCAGGAUCCAGGUCCCUGUACAGGCCAGUUUCUGCUGCUGUACUUUCCAGACCAGAGGUCAAACCUGAGGUCAGUGCUGCUGUCCUGCCUCAGUUGCCCUUCACUCAGGUGGCCCUCAGAGGAUUCCAGACCAGCGCUGUGAGCCGCGACAUUGACACCGCUGCUAAGUUCAUUGGAGCGGGAGCUGCCACCGUGGGAGUGGCUGGAUCCGGUGCUGGAAUUGGAACAGUGUUCGGUAGCCUUAUCAUCGGAUAUGCCAGGAACCCAUCUCUAAAGCAGCAGCUCUUCUCUUACGCCAUCCUGGGUUUUGCUCUGUCUGAAGCCAUGGGGCUCUUCUGUUUGAUGGUUGCUUUCUUGAUCCUGUUCGCCAUGUAAAAAUCUGCUAGUUACGUAAACGCAUUUAGUACAGUUGUGAUUACAUAUUUUUGCUGUUGCUACCAAAAUGUCUGCUGUUGGUCUCAGCGAGAGAAAAUGUAUGAAUGUGACGCCCACUCUGUCAAAAGAAAUCAUGUAACAAUUAAAAAUUGUUUAACUAUUUAAACCCCCAAUCAUAUUCAUGCCCAUUGAAUGAGAAAAGCAACAGCUCCAUCGGUGCUACUGGAACUUCAACCUGAAACUCACCAUGGAAAAAGGAACCUGAUAGCACUUUCUGUACAUCAGAAUAGAGAUAAUAAUGUUGUGUGUCUGUAGACUGCAAGGGUCCAUUCAGAUGUUUUCAGGGGUUAAACUGCUGGUCGAUAGUAUGACUGUAAAUUUAUAGCAAUUGGUUGCAAGCCAAUUAAGACCUCAAUUGCUUUUGUAAAUUGCAUUAAAUAAAUUUAGAUCACAGUUUACCGUA